AUGGACCCUUUGAGAGAAUCCGACCCACUAGUUUCUGUCAAAGAGGAGCUGUUUGACCCCACAGUCCAUCUCAACUAUGUGCCGCCUGAAAAGAAGAUAACGAUGCAAGAUUUGCUUUUGAAUCCAAGUUCAACCGCAACGCCUAUUGCAGGGACAGUACCAUUCCCACUACUAUCACCCCAAGGCGUGAGAGCCUAUCGAAAGGCCCUGUUCCAGCAGAAUGUGAUUGAACAGUGCGCAACGUCGCCAUUUCCCAACACCCUGGUCCUUCGUGAUGCAGUCAAACACUCUCGAUUUAUUCGGGACUUCUGGACCCACCCUGAAAUGAUGAGAAUAGUAUCUGAGGCUUCCGGGGUGCCUUUAGAGGUAGUGAUGCCCACAGAAAUAGGCCAUACAAACAUCCAGGCUGAAGGAGCAACGAUUGAAGGAAUGAUUAACAAUUUGAAGGUUGAGCCUUCAGUAGAGAAAAUAGAGUUGAGUCUUGAGGAUCGGGCUUACGAUCCACUGAAAGAUGAAGCUUCUAUCAUACCCUGGCACUAUGACUCCUAUCCUUAUGUUUGUGUUGUCAUGCUAAGUGAGACUGACGGCAUGGUCGGUGGGGAAACAUACAUCAAAAAGGGGAAUGGUGAAGCCCAAAAAGUGGAAGGUCCACAAAUUGGACAUGCAGUAAUGCUGCAAGGAGGAGAAGUUCAACACCUGGCUGCUCGUGCCAAGGGAGUGAAAGAACGAAUUUCUACAAUCACAUCUUAUCGCUCAAGGAUGCCGAACGUCUAUGACUCCAGCUACAUCACCAACAUCCGGCCUUAUGCGGAUCUGGGAUCGCUCUACCCCGAGUGGACUCGAUAUCGCCUGAGAAAGCUCCGAGAUGAAAUCACUCAUUAUCUUGAUAAGGCGGGGGAUGUUUCAAGCUCUUCCUUCCAAAGAGAAGAGCUGCAGAGUAUCAUUACUCAGCAAAUUGAGUAUUUGCACCGAACCUCUCGCCAGAUGGUCUCUCCUGAGUAUCAGCAGCAAGUUUUGAAGAAAUAUGGCAAAGCGGCAUACUAUGAUGCCUUUAAAAUCUGGGAGGCAGUCCAGAAAUUGCCUGAAUUUGAGAGUCUCGCAUCUUCCACCGAUCUCGAACGUGGCUGGAUGCCAACGAGCGUGUAUUGGGUGGAUCUUCAAAAGUCCAUCGAGGCAAUUCGCAUGAAAAUUCCGCUUCAAAGUACAUUUGGUACCCAUUUAUGGAGUGAGAGACGAAAGUUUUACAUGGGCGAUGAGUUGUUGCGACAGGGUUUGAAUGAAGUGUUUUUGGACUGGCUUGGAAGCUCGGGUCUGUGGGAUAUUUAUUCUAAGCGUUGA